AUGAUUCGAGAUCUGAGCAAGAUGUACCCCCCGGCACGGCAUCCGUUCUUCCUCUCUCUCCUCCACUUCAUGUGCCAUUUGGUUUGGGUUGAGGUUCCCCACCAGCCGGGACAGCCGUUAAAGUUCACCGUCACCGAGUCCUGUGACCGGAUCAAGGAGGAGUUCCACUUCCUGCAAGCCCAGUAUCACAGUCUGAAAAUGGAGUGUGAAAAACUGGCCAGUGAGAAAACUGAGAUGCAGAGACACUAUGUCAUGUACUAUGAAAUGUCGUAUGGACUCAACAUCGAGAUGCACAAACAGGCGGAGAUCGUCAAGCGGCUGAACGCAAUCUGCGCCCAAGUCAUCCCCUUCCUCUCUCAAGAGCAUCAGCAGCAGGUGGUGCAGGCAGUGGAGCGGGCCAAGCAGGUUACCAUGGCUGAACUCAACGCAAUCAUAGGACAGCAGCAGCUCCAGGCUCAGCAUCUCUCACAUGGCCACGCCAUCCCGGUCCCGCUCACACCUCACCCGGCAGGCCUCCAGCCCCCCCUGCCCCCUGGGGCCGGUACUGCCAGCCUGCUGGCUCUGUCCUCUGCACUGAGCCACCAGCUGCCGCUCAAAGACGAGAGGAAACACCACGACAGCAACAACGAUCACCCGAGAGACAGAGACUCUGUUAAGAGUUCAUCUGUGUCCCCCUCGGCCAGCUUUCGGAACCGAGAGAAGCACAGGAGUUCAAGCGAUUACUCCUCCGACAGCAAGAAACAGAAGACUGAUGAUAAGGAGCUGGCCUCUACACGCUAUGAAAGUGAUGGAGAGAAGAGCGAUGACAACUUGGUAGUGGAUGUCUCCAAUGAGGAUCCGGCGUCUCCCAGAGGAAGUCCUGCCCACUCGCCUCGGGAGAACGGAUUGGAAAAGAGUCGCCUGUUGAAGAAGGAUGCUCCGCUGAGCCCAUCCUCCAUCGCCUCCUCCAGCAGCACACCUUCAUCCAAAUCCAAAGAGAUUAAUCUGAAUGAGAAGUCCACAACGCCUGUGUCCAAGUCCAGCUCACCCACAUCCCGCUCCGACGCCCCCACACCCAGCAGCACCUCCACCCCUGGCCUGAGGUCUGCACCGAGUAAACCUGCAGGAAUUGAGACGCUGGCUCCUGGUCUCCGCACGCCAUUGGCAGUGCCCUGCUCGUACCCGAGUCCGUUUGGAAUGGUUCCCCACCCGGGUAUGAACGGAGAGCUGAGUGGAGCCGCUGCAGCAUACACCGGGCUGCAUAACAUUUCUCCACAGAUGAGUGCGGUCGCUGCUGCUGCAGUGGCAGCUUACGGACGCACACAAGUGGUGGGAUUUGAUCCUCACCACCACAUGCGUGUCCCUGGCCUUCCUCCCAACCUGUCAGGCCUUCCUGGUGGAAAACCAGCAUACUCCUUUCAUGUGAGUGCUGAUGGACAGAUGCAGCCUGUGCCUUUCCCCCCUGACGCGCUGAUCGGCCCAGGCAUCCCUCGGCAUGCACGACAGAUCAAUACUCUCAGCCACGGGGAGGUGGUGUGUGCUGUCACCAUCAGUAACCCAACGCGUCAUGUCUACACGGGAGGCAAGGGCUGCGUCAAGGUGUGGGACAUCAGUCACCCUGGAAACAAGACCCCUGUAUCCCAGCUAGACUGCCUUAACAGAGAUAACUACAUCCGUUCCUGCCGGCUACUCCCCGAUGGGCGGACCCUCAUAGUCGGGGGAGAGGCGAGCACUUUGUCGAUCUGGGAUUUGGCUACACCAACUCCACGGAUCAAGGCUGAACUAACUUCUUCAGCACCUGCAUGCUAUGCUCUGGCUAUCAGCCCAGACUCAAAGGUCUGCUUCUCCUGCUGCUCUGAUGGGAACAUAGCCGUGUGGGAUCUACACAACCAGACCCUGGUUAGGCAGUUCCAGGGCCACACUGAUGGAGCCAGCUGUAUUGACAUCUCUAAUGAUGGGACAAAGCUGUGGACUGGAGGCCUGGAUAACACUGUGCGCUCCUGGGACCUGAGAGAGGGACGGCAGCUGCAGCAGCACGACUUCACCUCCCAGAUAUUUUCACUGGGAUACUGUCCAACGGGCGAGUGGCUCGCAGUGGGGAUGGAGAACAACAAUGUUGAGGUCCUACAUGUCACCAAACCUGACAAGUACCAGCUCCACCUGCAUGAGAGCUGUGUGCUUUCACUCAGAUUUGCUCACUGUGGGAAGUGGUUUGUGAGCACAGGGAAAGACAAUCUGCUCAAUGCAUGGAGGACUCCCUAUGGAGCCAGCAUUUUCCAGUCAAAAGAGUCAUCCUCAGUGCUGAGCUGUGACAUCUCCAUCGAUGAUAAGUACAUUGUGACGGGCUCAGGAGAUAAGAAAGCGACUGUCUACGAGGUCAACUACUAGGCCAUCCCAUCCGCCGUGUCUCCAACAACUAUGUACAAUUUUUACUGUAUAUUAAAUGGAUUUGAAUGGAACUAGCCAAACAGACUUUUCUGGACGGUGACCUUUUUGACAUUUUAGCUGGCCCUGGAUCAAAACAAACAGCAGAACCAAGCACAGAGAUGUCCUUUUUUUGUCUUAAGGAGUAGCGUUUUUGUUGAUGAAGUUGAAGAUGAAUGAAUGUCCAUGUGCACUGAAUCUGGAGAUGAUGCUGUUGUUGGUUCAAUAGCAUUCACUUUGUUUUAAACCAACACAUUUGCACGUACAAGCAGCUAAAACAUGAGCACAGUUGUUCACAUGCUUUCCUUUGUACUUCCGGACCUAAAGGCUUAGAAAAAGGGCAACAAUUGAGAGGAUAACUAUAAGAUUAACAGUUAUAUUAAAGGAGGUGUUUCUCUUCAAAACUGAGUGCCAUUGUAGUUGUCAUCUAUUCAGCGGCUGCUGCCAACCUAAUUCCAAAUCCUGAUACACUGCCCCCACUGCCUGUGCUCUUUUCUGUACAUGCACUAAACACAUUCAACACAUAUUUAGACUCUAUUCACCACAUGUGGAUAGUUGCAUACAAUGUGAUUUGAUUGAACUGUUACUGUAUAUUAAUGUGAUCUCGAAAUGCCAUAUCCUCCAUUUUUUAUCUGUUUGUUCUGUCCAAAUUUGCCUUUUUUUCCAAUAACACUAUAUGAUUUUUCUCUUGCCUGAAUCAGUAAAAUUGGCAUUCCACAUGUCAUAACAAAUGCUGGCUGAACUUAAUGAUUACCAGUUGAGAUGCAACCUGGUAAUUAGUUAGCUGUAUAGGCUCUGGUAGGCUGAUUCAUUUGAAUGUUUUUAUCUUAGGUUAAGCCGGUGUGUGAAAUGGCUUCUUCCCCUUGUUUCCAGAUUUAGACGCUAUGAUAGGCUGCUGGUUGUAACUUUAUAUUUAACAGGUGACAGUUCUGUCAAUCUUAUCAUCUUACUCUCUGCAAAUAAUCACAUUUCCCAAGUGUUCAAACUAUUCCUUCAAAUGCAGCUUGUCUCUACCUUUGAUAUUUAUUUUCUACCUGCUGUGUUCAUAAUUCAUUUUUUAUUCUCAUACAAUUUUGGGUUAGGUGGGAGCUCAGUCUGUGUGUGUGGGUGUGUGUGUGUGUGUGUGUGUGUGUGUGUGUGUGUGUGUGUGUGUGUGUGUGUGUGUGUGUGUGUGUGUGUGUGUGUGUGUGUGUGUGUGUGUGUGUGUGUGUGUGUGUGUUUUGUUGGCAUUGAACAAACAAACUAACAAGAUUGCCCCCGGUGCCCUCACUACUGUGCGACCUUUGCCCUUGGUUCUGCGGCCUCAGUUCAGACUCUUCUGGAGGCUCACUGGAGUUUGUGUGACGGAUUUCAGAGAACUGUGUAAUGAUGUUUGGAGGUCAACCAGUCCCGCUUUUCCUGCCUGGACUCCUUUCUGUUUGGACCUUUGGACCUUGGUCAGCGAUACGGUCGUGAUUUCUUUGGGAUUUACUUAUCUUGGCUUGUAGAAAUAACACAGUGCCUUUAUACUGCUGCGCUUCUGAAACCAUUUUGUCCUGCUGAGUGUUCAACUGCACGGAGAUGAAACAUGAUGGUCUCUGCUGUAGGAGUGUUUUUUAAAAACACAGUUUUUUGAGUGUUACUUUUAAAGAAUAAUUUUGGAGUAAAAGAAAAAUAUCAGUCAUUAGAAAAUGAACCCAAACAGUUUAUCCAGUACGAUUUGUAUUAUUGUCUGUUUCCCACUGAAUUAAUCAGGACCAAACUCCUCUUUGUGUCUCCUGCUUUACCAAACACUUGCACGUGAAAUACAUUAUUCAUGGUUACUGCUGUUUCAGACUGAUUGUUUAAAGCAUGGUGCCAUUAACCAGAAGUCUCUGACAUCGCUUUAUUCUUCACUGUAUUUCUUUCCUUUUUUGCUUCCAAACUUGUUUGGUGCUAUUGCGUUAAUGCAGCAUAGCUUCGGCCCCGAGCUUGGAUGACACACAAAUACAAAUACAAAGCCUAUCAGUAAACAUAAACACAGAUUAUUAACAUCAACCAUACUUAAUCUUAACCUCAACAACGAUUUAUGAUUUUACAUCUUGGUCUAUCUGCUCCUAUAACCCUUGUGGGAUCCUGACUGAUCAUUAAGAUAUCACUUGCGUUGUACUGUAAACACAGGAAAUGCAUUUUAUAGCUUUGUCUGUCAGUUGUUCAGUAUAAAGCCAUAUAAAGUAUUACAUUGACACAUUUUAAUUGGUUUAAUGGUUUAUCUUUCUGAUAACCUUUUCAAACUGAAAAGUGCCGUGCUCGUCCACUUAUAUUCCUGACACCUUAACACAUGAUUACUUUACUGUAAGGUCUUAUCAGUUAUAUAUAGACAUACCAAUGGAAAAGGGUCCGUUUGUGUCAGCCUGGGUCUGUCAUGCAGUAUUUAAUACACAUGUUCUUUUUCUCUUUAAAGAUAACCAUUUUUUACAAUAUUUAAAAAAAGCUGUGGCUGUGACUUUGACAGAUAUCUAAUUGCAUUAAAGAAACUACUGAAAAAACUGCUCUGCUGUGAAUGCAAAGCAACAUUUUGGUGCAAAGCCACAGUUAAAGUCUAAUGUGUGUGAUAAACAUGGGACCAUAUGUAAGAUAUUACACUGCUCUGACUGAUAUUUUUGUAAUUUCUUUAUCAUACACACCCAGUGACACUGUACAUUCUGAAGGACUGGAUGUUGAUAUUGUUUUUUUCAGUGUUUGCCUUAUUAUGUGCUCUAUUUCUAAAU